AUGGCAAGCUUCAUUAAGGGUGUAAUGAUAAAUCCACUCAAUAAACGUGUGGUAGGAUAUGAUGAUAGGAGGUUAAGUAGAGUCUUAAGAUACCAUAAGAUUCCCAAAUCCAAAGUCAAACAUGAAUUACUAGCUCAGAUUUAUACUAUUCCUUUACCGGUGAGUCUUCUAUCUUUAAAUCCUUCUCUACCCGCAUCUUUUGAUACGAUGCCAAAAUCAAAGACCUCGAACGCUGCCAAGAAGAAAAAUAAGAAGAAAGCCGCCCAAGCUCGUCAGUUCGACUCGAAUCAGAACCAUUUGUCGAUUGAUCAUCAAGAUCCAGGGAGUCUUGCAGAUCGAUCUGAUAUGAUUGGUGCUUACCCCAAUGAGGACGCUUCGUCUCAUACUCAACGGACAACAACAGGGAGUGUCUCUCAGGACGAUGACGACGAGCGGCUAACGACUCAUGCGAUGCAUCCGAGUCUUGCCGCCGCUACUCGCCAAACCCAAGAAGAUUUAUUAGCUACUGCAAACGACCUCUAUAGGCAGAUCGAGACUGCGGCUGCGGCUGCUCUGGCUUCUCAUCUUAGCCCUCAGAGUCUAGCUAACAUCGGCAACAACAACUCACCGGCUUCUGGUGGUAUACACGGAGGCGGAAGUGGCCACUCAAAUCAGAACGGUCACGCACCUCAUCCGGAUGAUGACGCAUAUUGGACCUCCUUACCAUCUCAUCUGCGCUCAUUCAUUCGAUCAGCACUCCCUCUGGCUGCAGGUCAUUCAUCAGCAAACUCUAAUCAGAAUCCAUCCUCGCAGAAUCAUCCCCCUGUUCUACCCAAUCUAUCAUCAUUUGCUCACGCUACUGGCAUGAUCACUUCGACCACUGGCUCUAACAAUUCACAAUCUGUACCUCAGCUCUCAAGUGAGCAGAUGGCUGCGGCGGCUGAACAACUUGCGCGCGUUGUCCAGAGUCAUGAUUGGGGUCGAGCAGUGUCCACAGCCGCUCAACAAGCAGGGCUAACGCAUUCUAACAGCAUGAAUCACAUUCUCAAUGGUAAUACUCGGCCCUCUCACAACUUUGGCCGAGACAUCAAUGGCGGAGCUGCAACAGUAAGCGUGACAGGUGGCACGGUGACAGGGACUAUACCACUCGGCAGUUUUACUUUACCACUACCCUUGCACUCUCAUCCAGAUCAUUCUCACCACCACUCCCAUAGCGUCAACGUCAGUGAACCGGUUUACUAUACUGGAGAAACCACCAUUGUCACCUCUCGCAUGGGCGACAAGUCUAAUGGGGAUGAGGGCGUCUUGGACGAUGAAUACUACAGCGAUGAUGGAAGGAUUUCACGGAAUGACAUGUCACUAAACAAUAAUGCGGCCGGGUGCCGACAUAAUCUAUCGGAGCAAACCAGCAACGAUAGCAAUAUGGGUAUAAAUCAUAGCUCUUUACCAGCGCCCUCAACUGGUACGAAGAAAAAAAAGAAAAACAAAAAGAAGAAGUCGGCCAAUGCUAGUUCGAACGAAGCGGCUCCUAAUCCAGAGCCGGUCCCAAACGUAUCUCAUCAUCGCACCUCAGUUCCUUCUAUCCCACAUCCGUCUAAAAAUUCUACACAACCACCUGGCCGGAACCCUUGUUCAGAACCACCGAAUCAUAUGGCUAAUCAACCUCCAAUAUCAAGAUUACCACCAAUGCCCAACAAUGGCGUAUCCAAGAAAAAAGCCUCUGGGCUUCCUGCUACAACUGGCGUGAGGGACAACCAUAAACCGGCUACUUCAAACGUCAUCCCAAAUCACAAUCCAUCACAUCCACCAACCGAACGCGAGCGAAUUCGAGACUUCUGGCUGACCUUGAAUCAAGAGGAGCGCGCGAACCUUGUGAAGAUCGAGAAGGAUGCAGUGCUCAAAAAGAUGAAAGAACAGCAGCGGCAUUCAUGUUCUUGUGCAGUAUGUGGAAGGAAACGACUGGCAAUCGAGCAGGAACUGGAAGUUUUGUAUGAUGCAUAUUACGAUGAGUUGGAGAACUAUGCUGAAGCGAGUAAGAAGUACUACGGCUCUGACUUGAAGAUGAAAGGCGUCAAAAGUCCAGUUGGGUAUCCCAAACCACCCGGUCCUGGCCCAUUCCCUGGCAGUGUGGAUGUCAUGACGACUAACGUUCAGCCAACGAACAAUCAGUCAUCUUUGAAAAAGGCAGUUCCAAAGCCAACCCGCGAUCACAAAAAUAUCCGACCUCGUCCUUUACCUAAUUCACACCAGACACAUCCGCCUAUACAAUCUGUAAAUUCAAAUUCUCCAUACCCUCAGCAGCCGCCAGGAAAGCGGACGAUACCGCUUCCGCCUCAACCAAAAAAAGCACUAUCUCAUAAUAGCAACAGUGACCAGGAUCACACACACUCUCCUAGCUGUCCUCAUCAUCCCCAUCACCACGGACCCAACCACUAUCAUCACCAUCCGAAUACAAAUACCCACGGUAAAGCCGUCUCGAAUCAUAACCCAUCUCUAUCUUGUCAUCAGAGGUCGCAGCAUCAUGUAGAAGAUGACAUGUUUCCAGAUGACGACGGCGAUGAAGAAGAGGAAGAAGAUGAAUACGAUGAAGAGGACGAGGAUGAGUAUGAGGAGGAAGAAGAGGAGGAUCAAGAGUUCGAAGACGAUGAUGAGAUACCCGCCCUAGAAGAAGUUCCUAGCGAAGUACCUAAUCCUGGAACAAAGAAACCUCAGAUGAAUGGUAAUCUCUCGUCUUAUAACCCAAAGGUCACCAACGGAGAUAAGCCCAAUACGACGAAUAACAAUAGCGAUCUGUUUGGAUUUGGGAAUUCACUCACUGUCAAAGGAGGUAUCUUGACCGUUGCGGAUGAUCUGUUGCGAAACGAUGGCCAAAAGUUUUUGGAAAUGAUGGAAUCUUUGGCUGAUAAACGGAUACAGCGCGAACGGGAUGCCGCUGAAAAUCUUCUUGCUGGUGAGCAUUGUUUACAUCAGCAUAUUGGAUUGAAUACUUAUGACGACAUUUCUCUCUAUCCUGACGGGUUCGUGGUACAGCUGGAUGAUGAUGACGGGUUUGACGACGAAAUUGUCACCGAGGAGUACCGCAUGAAGGAAGGAAGGCGGAUGUUUCAAAUCUUCGCUGCUCGGAUGUUCGAACAACGUGUCUUGACUGCUUACCGAGAAAAAGUUGCACAAGAAAAACAGGCUCAACUUCUCAGGGAGCUGGAAGAUGAAGAUCGACUUGCUCAAGAGCGUGAAUUGAAAAAAGUCAAGGAUGCUCAGAAAAAGAAGGAGAAAAAGAAAGCUCAAAAGCAACAAAAGGAUCAAGACUUGGCUAAGAAACUCAAAGAUAAAGAACAAGAAGAAUUGGCUGCGAAAGCUGCAGAGGAAGCUAAACUUGAAGCUGAGAGGCGUAAGCAGGAAGAAACGAGGUUGAAACGCGAGGCCCAAAGAAAAGUUCAAGAAGCGGAACGUGCCAAGAAGGAGGAGGAGAAAAGGAAAAGGAUAGAAGAGGAAGCAAGGAAGAGGAGGGAGAAGGAAGAAAGGCAGAGGUUAGAGAAAGAAGCCAGAGCAGCAAAAGAACGGGAGGAACGCGAAAAGAAAGUGAAAGAAGAACAAGAACGAAAGAUGAAAGUCGAGGCAGAUCGGAAAGAGAAGGAAGCUCGAGAAGCCCGGGCUAAAGAAGAAGCUGAGCGUUUGCGGCAAGCGGAAUUGGACAGAAAAGAGGCCGAAGAGAUAGCCAAACGCGAAGCAAUCAAGACGGCUGCCGCAAAACUCGCAGCGCAGAACAAGAACGCUGCCGCUAUUGCUGCUGCUCAUCAAAAAGCUCAACCACGCCCAGUGGUUUCUCUACGUUCAACUCCCGCGAAGCAAACAGCUCCUCCGCCUAAAGUCUCGCCUGUUCCACCUGCUCAGCCGUUGACGCCCGUCCCACCUUUCCCAAAUCACACGCCUAGUCGACCGAUCGCACCUCCUCCUGCCUCAAUGAUGCCUAGGCAAAUGUCUGUAGGGAUCGGAUUGGGACGACCGGCUUCAGCAGCUGCCGCUCCGCCUUUCUCGGCUGCUAUACCCUCGAUGCCUUCGUUUAACAAUGUACCUCCAAGGCCUCCUAGUGCCCAGUAUGGAGCUUCAACGUUCCCAUUACACAAUACAUGCGGUCCUUCGAACUUACAAAACCUACCGCUAGAGAUGCAUCCUGCUCUCAACAAUAAUGUGCCGCAUUCUGCAUUUCUUCCCAUGGCCAACUUCCAACCGCCACCACCUAUGAGUCCGAUGAUGCAACCGAACGUGGGUCGUGUGUUCUCGGGCCCUGCACUUACCACUUCGGCUGCCCAACCACAACUACAGAUGCCACAUCGACCCAGUGUGAUCUCAUCGUUACCACCGUCGACUCCUACUCAUCCUUCCGGUUUUAUGAGUCCAAGCCUCGCUUCAGCCACUAGUCCGCUCAGCGCUUUGCACCUCGGCAGUGAGCCAGUCAGGAAAGCGAGUGCGAGUGCUAUUGGUCCAAUCGGUCCUUCAUUGCUCCACAACCGUCGCAAGUCUGUGGUAGACGAUAAUUUUACACAUGCUGGACUAUUUAAUUCCAUUGAGCCUAUCGGCCGCUCAAGGAUGAACGGUUCUAUGCACACGAUGGGUCCGAUCAGUGGAAAUAGCGAUCAAGAUUCCAACUCGAUCUCUACUGGAACCUCACCUCGUUCACCUUCAAAUGUAUUGGGAUCUUCAGCCUUAUUGGCGGACGAGGACGAUGACCUUGAUAGCGACUCGACUCACCGACAGGGUAUUCCUUCCAAUCCUCCACCUGUCAAUCCCAUUGCCAUCUCACCGGCCAAACCCACAUCGUUCUUCUCACCUGCUUCACUUGACGGUGGGCUUGGGGUGGGGAGUAGCAUCUGGGGAGCCACACCAUCUUCGAUCACUGGUGCCGGAUGGGGUUCUUCUAUGCUUUCUAAUCAGACACCACCUCAUGUGCCAUGUACGCCUCUACAAUCACAUCUUCCAUCGAUUCCACCUAUCAUUCCAUCUUCAGUGGGUAAUAGAUCAGCUUCGAUCAAAGAAAGUACGUCUGAUUGGAUUCGAAGACGAGCGAUUUCAGCAUAUUGUAAUAUGGGAUUAGAUGAGAAAUGGAUUCCAGUGGGAGAUAUUUCGAUUGAGAUGCAAAGGAUUCAUGCAGAUACGAUGAAUGUAGGUUUAAAGGAUAUGGUAGAUGCAUGUCUUAUCAAACGAAAUCUUCAAAAUGGUGGUGGGGAUUGGCAAUUUAGUCAACAAGGAACUGUUUUAUUUGCUCGUUGGUUACCAUCUGCUGGUCAAGAAACGAAUGUUCAUUGUAAUGGUUUGAACAAUGUGAAUGGUUGAUGAAGCUUCACGAUCAAAUGGAAAUCACUAGAAAAAACAGAAACAGAAAUGAUUGUGGAUGUCAGUGCUUGUGUGUGUUGUGGUUUGUGGUUUGUGAUUGGUCACUUGAUUUGAUUUUAAUUUUCUUUAUCAAGAGAUUUUCUUAACAAAUUAAAAUCUUUUCAUAUGAUUUAUUGUUUUUAAUUUGAUUGUAAUUUUGAAAACUUGAUAGAUUUCAAUUUGUAAGCUAUCUAAACAUCAAUAUCAACACAUUUUAAGAUUGAUCACUGUGGCUAUCACAUCUGACAACUAUUACCACUACUGUCACUACUAUCACUACUAAAUUGUUUUUUUUGUUUUUUGGUUUUUUUUUUGGUUUCUUACUUUUUUUUUAUUGAUUGAUUGGCUUUAGAGAUGGAUGAGACGAGU